GGCAACACCUGUCAAUCAAGAAAAACGUAGAGCCUAGUCGGGCAGGAAGUUUGAAGAAUACACCAUGCCUGCCGGCGCCGAACCCAGUCCCCCUCACGAGCCAUGUCCACCAGACGAGGGCAAUGAAUUAGUGGCCAUAACAGCUCUGGUCAUCGUGGGUGUGCUGUUCCUGUUCCUCCUGCAUGUGUUGGGCACCCUACGCCGGAGGUCGAGCCACAAGCUCCUCCAUGCCGUCGUUUUGGGUGCCUACACCCUCUCCUACAUGCUGGCGAGCUACACGCUCGGGCUUAUGCAGCGUUCUGACUGCUACUUUGCCGAGUUCCCCGUGUGGGCCGUUUGCCUGCUCAUGCUCCUCGGCGGCACUGACAACCUCAUGGCGUGCAACGUCGACGAAAUCGACAACUGGAAGAGCUUUCACAUGAGGCACCUCGUCAAGGCAGGGUUGGUGAUUUACAUUGUCUCAGUAUUCGGGGACCACGCGCCGGAAUACAAGAUCCCGCUGUGGUUAAUUUUGGGCGUCAACAUCCUCCAGUCAUUUGUGCGGAUCAAGUCCAUGAGGAUGGCUAGCAAGUCCCACCAGGCCUCCCAGACCAUCAAGCCAAUCGCUGACUACAUGGAGCACGAGAAACAAUUGCAGCUUGCUUCCAGUGAGAGGCCCAACCCAACAUCUAUGAAAGGCUACCGGUAUGUCGUCGCAGGUGAGCACAGGUUGGAAAGAUAUCUCAAGCAACUCGAGGACGUCGAUGAUGAGCAGAGGGAUAGGAAUAAGAAGCUGGUGAAAUUCACCACCGUGGAACAGAUCUAUGGGUGCAAAGGGCGCCUAUUAGGAUCUGAGAGGGACUUGCGGCUCAAGGACUUGUGCCUCUCCAUGGCUCUAGCGAAGAUGCUCAACCGAAGGUUCUCAGGCCUCAAGCUCGCCGAGGCGGACCUUGAAGAAACAAAAGACUUGGUGUUCAAAGGUCUGCUUGGCGAGGACAAACGGCAUGAGCGAGCUUUCCGGGUCAUCGAGGUAGAGCUUGGUUUUUUAUAUGAUCUGUACUACACAAGGUACCCUUACCUCUACCACAAGACCCCCUACUUGGCCUUGUGCCUUCCCGUUCUAAUGGUUAGCUUCUGCUCGUGGCUCACGUCCAAGCUCUUCAAGGAAAAACAGCAAUAUGAACCUGGCAGCAACGUCCCUCUGGAUACAACCCUGUUCUUGAUGUUCGUGGUGACAUUCCUGGAGGCAUUCCAGUUGUGCCUACACAUGACCUCGGGUUGGUUCAAGGUGGCACUGAUCCUGAGCUACGUCAACAACCGUGGCUUGCAAAAGAUCGCUUGUUUUCCUCAUAGGAUCAUCGGUUUUCUUUUGAGGUUGGAGCUGCUCCGGCCAUGGGAACAUAGGCUUGGGCAGUACUCCCUCCUACAAAAUUGCAAGAGCACACGUCGCCCUAUCAAUUGCCUUCACUAUGUGACACUGUGCCUGGUUAACAAGGCCAAGAAGGGGCGCAAGAGAGGGAAGCUUGCCAAGCUGUCAGAACAGCUGAAGCAAGCAGUCGUCGAUUCCCUCGUCGAAAGCAAUGGCCAUCUGACCAACGGGGUAAGGUCGCUGCGAAACAAUGGCGUCCAUGAGCAGAUCUCAUGGGCGUGUGACGGGAAGGCGACCCAUACAAUUCUUGUGUGGCACAUCGCAACAGCCAUCUGCAAGAUCAAACUGGAUGCUGCAAUGGCUAUGAAAGGAGGCUCCUGUCUGUCUAAGUACUGUGCAUACAUAUACAAAUGCACGACCAGACUGGAUGCUCCACUGUCCGAAUCUAACAAGAAGACGCUGGAGCUCUCCGAACUGGCCUCCACCAUGUCUCAGUACUGUGCAUACCUCAUCGCUUUCGCACCGGGCCUCUUGCCCGAUCACAGCUUUGACUCCACAUCCAUGCUCGAUAGAUCCAUUGAAGAUGUGAGUAAACUAUUGGCCUCGCUCAAGGGCGCCAAGACGAUGGAGGCAAAGUGUGGGGAAUGGAUGAACAUGAACAACACCAACGAGAAUCGCGAUGUUCGCCCAGUCAUCCAGGGCGUUCGGCUUGCCAGUCAGCUGACAAAAAAGAUCGACGACGUGGCGCUGCAGUGGAUAGUGCUCUCUGAUUUCUGGGCAGAGAUGAUGCUCUACAUCGCGCCGUGUGACGACGCACAGGCCCGGGCGCACCUGGACGCCCUGGCGAGAGGUGGGGAGUUCAUCACGCACCUGUGGACACUGCUCACGCACGCCGGCGUGCUCGAGCGAGACCAUGUCGGACCCAUGUCUGCCGUGUGAUCGAUCAGUUCAGGCCUCCAACAACGGGCAGUGCAUAUAUACUCAUGGACGUAGCAGGUGAUAUAUAUGUUUCGUGUGUGUCCGCUUUAGUCUGUGUAUAUGUAUUUGUACUAGUACAACGCGUGUGUGCGUUGCUACAUGUUAAAAUGAUUGUAAUACGUCUGUAACAGAUUCUAUUAUUAUCAUUUGUAUGAUUCUAUAUUUAUUUUAGAUCAAA